UGCCUAUAAAAUGAUACAAAACAGUGAGCGCAUGCAUGUUUCAUGAAUGUUGAUUACGGUUCUCGGAAGCGAAACAUCGGCUUCCCAUGACUCUCCGCCUAAUAAAGUCCACAAAGAGGAACUUUUAUUCGUAUUCAGCAAGAGUUAAAACAUUUCCCAUCGGAGACCUUGUGUCGAUAUCACACACCGAGAGAAUUGGCUUUUUUAAGACUACCAGACACGUUGAGAGAGCAUUGGACUUGGGACCCUCGUCGUUCGUAGACUGAGAUCUUUCAAAAUCUCUGUGUUGAUCUGAUUUACUGCACUCAAAAUGUAUUGAAGUAUAUUAAGUUAUAUUGAUUGUGCAUUCAGAGGCUGGUUUGUUCACUUUGCAUCACAGGACAAACAACACUUCAAAUAUCAGGAUGGAACUUAGCAAGUAAUAAAUGUAUCAUGACCUUCUAUUCAAAGAUACUUGCAUCCAUCUCGAGAAAGAAAACCAUUGACAACAAGCGUCUACUUGAAACUGAUUUGAAAAGACAGCUCAAUGUCCCAGAUGUUCUUGGCAUUGGACUUGGAGGCUCUAUCGGUCUAGCAGUAUAUGUGCUGAUUACUUAUGUUGCACGAUCGGUUGCUGGACCUGCUGUAGUUCUCUCUGUUCUUCUCGCAUCCGCCACCGCCACACUCUCCGGAUUAUGUUUCACAGAAUUCUCUCUACGUCUACCCCGUACUGGAUCAGCGUACGUUUAUACUUACGCUACAAUUGGUGAACUAUGUGGGUUUGUGGUAGGAUGGAGUCUUAUCUUGGAACACAGCAUUGGUGUGGCGAUAUCCGCCAAGGCAUGGAGUCAAUAUCUCGGCCAUCUAACAAACAAUUCCCUUCCAAGAUUGAUGAACUCGUCAUUUCAUUGGUCAGAUGGGCAUUACAUUGACCCAUCACCCGACCUCAUUGCUGUUCUGUUACUGAUUGUCUGCACGACUCUAAUGCUCAUUAGUACCAAGUUAUCCACAGUCGUUAACUGCGUGUUAUGCAUUUUUGGCGGCGUGGUGGUAUUCUCCAUUAUCUGUGUGGGAUUCUUCCACGUACAACACGACAACUGGACGGGUGGGGAGGGAUUCUUUAGAUUUGGAAUACAAGGAAUUUUAUCAGGAGCAUCUAUUCUCAUCUUCCCAUUUCUGACUGUGGAUACGAUAGCCAACACAGCCGAGGAACAAAGAAACCCUCUACGAAAUUUUCCAGCCUUAUUUGCAAUUGUCAUCACACUUACGAUGAUUUCAAUGAUAGCUGUGAGCUCAGCUCUGACUCUCAUGUCUCCUUCCAAUACAUUCGUAGAUAACGCAGGAAUAGCAGUGAUUUUUGAAAAUCGUCACAUACAAGGUGCGCGUUAUGUAUUCAGCGUUGGAGCUCUCCUUUUCCUAUUAGCAUCAACCAUUUCCCUUCUCUCGGCUGUUCCCAGAAUAAUGUAUUCCUUAUCAAGAGAUGGAUUAUUUCCUGAAUGCCUUGGGGAUUUAACUUUAAAAGGAAAACUUCCAGUGAAAUCAUUGCUAUUGUCGUUCUUAAUAUCAUUCGUUCUUAUAUUAUGCUGUAAAUUAAGUCUUCUUUUGUCCAUUUUUGGAGCCAGCACACUGAUAACCUUUUUUGUGGUCUCUCUUUGUGUUUUACUUUUACGAUACCAACAAGUCAAUAUUGGAAUGAUUCAGGAAUACGAAGAUCCAAAUGAAGAAGAAUGUAUGACAGAGUUUUCGCAUCCUUCUUAUGUCAAUAGACAAUUUCAGGCAGAUAAGGAGGAUUUGCUAUUUUUUAAACACUCUCAAAGAAUAGAGGAACUAAGAGGAAGCACUUACAAGAAAAUGAACAGUAUAGUAAGUUUGACUACUGCGGGCAGUGAGAGCACAUUAUUUCCGCUGCACGUGAGUGACGUCAUAGAACCUUCCUCUACAUCGUGGUUAAUUUCAGUGCUGUGUAUUGUGAUAUACUUUAUUUCCUCUCUCGUAGUCUCUCUGAUUGUGACGUUUGGUUGGGAAUAUAUCUGCAUGGGUUCAUGGUGGUCCAUUUUCUUGUUGGUUGUUAUUCUCGGAACAAUGACAGUAUCAGCCUUUAUUUUACGCAAACAACCGCAGAACCGAAGUAAAUUGUUAUACAAAACUCCAGGGAUACCCCUGUCUCCCCUGUUGUCAUUGACUCUCAAUAUUUUUCUUCUGACGUCACUUCCUUCAAAUGCCUUAAUUAGUUUUUCUCUCUGGCUUUUUGUUGGGGUUGUAAUCUACUUUUGUUUUGGAGUUCAUAAAAGCAAGGAACGAACAUCUGAUGAGCAAGAAGUGAUACUAUAUGAAGUUCGUGACAGUGGCUAAGCAUGUUUUUUUCAGUAAAAAACAGCUCAUUAAAUGCUUUCUGCUGAUUCAAAACCAAAUACAAUAAAAUGGAUGACAGAACAUUUUGUGUUUUUCUAGUAUAUGAGAAAUAUACUUGAAAGUCAGAUAUGUAGAUGUGUAUGUAUUUACCAGUGAUUUUCAUGAAUUAAUAACUAAAAUUGAAGGACAUCCAAGUGUCGUUAUUGUUUAGUUAUUAGUUAUUGCUAUUGUUAUUAUUACUGUGAUAUUAUUUUUUGUAAUAAAAAAAAUUAGUCUUUUUGUUACAAAAAGCAAAAUUGAUUCUCGUAUGAUGUAAACUUUAAACUAUUGAUUGCCAGUAGAGGUAUAGUAUUGUAUCAUUGUGUUACGGUUAAUAUCAUUGUCAUAAGUAUAUGAUGUAAUAAUCGUGUUCUAUAUUUUUAAUUUGGUUAGAUUAAGUACAUUAUUCAGAUUGUACUUUGAUUUACUAUUGAAAAUUUUGAGAAAACUAAAGGGAGUGAAAGAAAUGAUUUCUUUGACUAAGCAAUUGUAAAUCAUCAACAAUCAAUAUAUUUGAAUCAAAAUAUAUAAUGUGUACUGGAAAUAAAGAAAGUAUAAAUCUUGGA